UGGAGGGCGAUCAGGUGGUCGCAAGGAUUGAUGGAUGCCUCUCGGCUUCUGUGACGUGUUUUUGACUCCUCAAGAGCCUCAGCAGGAGCUCUUGGCGCCCUACUUAACUGUCUCUCGCCAUUGAUUGUAGAAUACAAAAUCGGCAUCACAAGUAAUCCCCAUUCCCCUUGAAUACCGAUAUGACCAGGUAUAGAAUGCCGGACAGGGUCACACAAAACGUCACUUGCCGCUACAUGAAGAAGUCCAGCCUGCAGGCACUGCUCGAGCGACUCUUCCCGGGGCAGAAAGAGUUCAACAUCCGGAUGAAGGACGACCAGUGGUGCUUUACGGCGCCGAGAAAAGUGACAGAAGCCGACCUCGACGUAGCCCGAGACGAUUGACCAUCGCUGGCAGACCAGACGGCACCGCCAUUGUGGAGGGGGCUUGGAGGGGGGCGCAGUGCGGAC